AUGGCCGGAGCAGCCGCGGGGAAAGGGGGGCCCGAGAGCUCCGAGGAGGAGCCGGACGCGAGGGACGCGCCCCAGGCGUGCUACAGGCCGGGUUUGUGGGUGUCCCAAGGCAGGGGAGCAGACUCCAGCCCGGGGGACGCGGACGGGAUGAAGGCGAGGAAGAGGAGCCGGCCGGUGCGCUCCAAGGCCAGGAGGAUGGCUGCCAACGUCAGGGAGCGCAAGAGGAUCCUGGACUACAACCAAGCCUUCAACGCCCUGCGCCUGGCCCUCAAGCACGACCUCGGCGGCAAAAGGCUCUCCAAAAUCGCGACCCUCCGGCGGGCCAUCAACCGGAUCGCGGCUCUGUCGCUGUCCCUGCGCGGCGCCGGCUGCUGCUGGCCCUGCGGCCACCCCGAGUGCCGCCCCCGGGCCGGGGUCCCCGCGCAGGAGCCGGGGCCGAGGGGCAGCCGCCCCCAGCUGUCCUGGGAGCCCGUUCCUGCCGGGACACGCUGCCCUCCGUCCCCUCUCAGCGCGGCGUUCUCCGCUCAGCGGCAGCUCCAUCACUACGAGAGCCCCAAGGAGAACCGCGCCUGUGGCCCCGGCGGGACCCCGCACCCCGGCCAGCAGCGAUUCACGGGUGCAGCGAUUCAGGGCAGCCUGCAAGAGCCCCUGGCCGGGAAUGUCCCCUGGCAGCCGGGCUACUGCCAGGGCUGGGGACAGCAGCGGCGCCUCCCCACGCAGUGA